AUGGUCCCCCUCUACCUCCUCGUCCUCCCCAUCACGAUCGCCGAGUAUGUCUACUACGAGGCGAGCGACCCACACCGCGGCGUCAAGAUCUUUGGUUUCGUCAUGGCCGCCUUGUGCGGCGCGGCACUCAUCGGCUACGUCUGUUGGGUCAUCGUCCGCCGCCAUCGUCUUAGCCAGCCCGUCCUCCCUCCUCCCGUCGCUUUCAACGUGAGUUCCCCUGAUACUGUUCCCCUUCACUUCGUCUCCAUCCGUUAUCAAACGGCAAGUGGGUUGGGGUCGACUCUGGUCAUUUUGGGUACCUCGGUGUGCUACAUGGAUACCGAAUGCUAG